CCGAUCUAUGUACGUUACAUCUACGUCUAGAAUAUUUUGAACAACAAAUGCCCGCAACAAAAUCCAAGUCCAACGUCGCCCUCCUUACAGAGGGUGCAACUUAUAUUCAGCGAGCAAAGAAAGCUAGAAAGGAACAAGUCGAAGAAAUCAAGUUUGACGAUGAAGCCAGAAGAGAAUGGUUGACCGGCUUUAGUAAGAGGAAAAAGGCCAAGGCUGAAGAGAAGAAAGCCAGAGCUAAGGAAAGGGAGAGGCAAGAGCAUUUGGAGGAGAGGCGAAACGCAAGGAAAGAAUUGAGGCAGAGAGCUGCUGAGAAUGUAAAGUCGGUCAGACGGGCCAUGGGUUUGGAAGAUGACGAGGAUGAUAAUGAGGAGAGCAACGAAGAAGAAGCCGGGUCUCCCGCUCCCAAGGAUCUGGAGAAGGCCGAAUUUUCGGACGACGAGCAAAUAGCAACAGUCACCAUCACCGAAGACUUUGAUCCCUCUGCUUCAAUCUAUCCCAUCCGAACUUCAACUUCACCUUCGCCCUCUGUUGAUGACAAAUCAGAGUUGAAAUCCAAAAAGCCUACCGUCAAGUUGUUGCCUCCAUCAAGUAGACGAGCUCAGAAGGCUGAUGAAAAGAAGAAGGAGAAAAAGAAGAUUAGCAGAAGCAUGGAAACUAAGGCGGAGAGAAGGAAGGGCAAGGAAAUGGAAUUGCGAAAGAGGUCCAAAAAGGCCGCUUUAGCUAUGGAAAGGAAGGGGAAGACUCCUAGAGGUCCAAAGAAGGGCAUGGGGAAGGGAAGGCAUUGAUGGUUUGAAAGCAUGUGUAUCCAGGGCUUUGUAUGUUUUUCAUGUACGAUAUGGCUGAAUUCGAAGCUACCGUCUCUCAGACAUUUCAACUUGCUCUCCAAGCAUCCCUCUUCGUCGGUCGCUAUUAUAAUGGGGUUGCGGUCUAUAUGGUUGCUGCCAUUCUCGCGGCAAGAGCCUAUCGAUAUCUUCUCUGAAUUUGAUCCACGCAUCUACCAGUCGUUAGGGUCUGCUGCUUGAUGUACUGGUCAAAUAGCUCACCAGAUAAUGUAACACGCACGCCCCAGCCGGAACUGCUGGCACCAUCGAGCUCAGCAUUUCGAGUGCGAGAUCUCACUGUCAGAUAAUACACUGGCAUACCCGAAGCAAUGAAUACUAAUGCCGCGGUCUCAGCAUCGCGAGUACGGUCUGUUCUCAUAAACUUACCGAAUGCUGCAAAUGCUUCCCAUGGAGCAGCGAAAAUGGGCAUCAAUAAAAGGAACAUGGACACGGCGCAGAAGACGAUAGGUGUAACGAGCCAAGCCCGAUACGGUCUGUCGAGAUGAGGCUCUUUGACACGCAGAACGAGGAGACCAAGGACAGUGAGGAGGUAAAAGGUCCAAGAAGCGACGGAGAAAAAGUUCAGUAGCGCUGAAAAGUGAAACAUCGGGGUCAGCAAGCGUCGAAAGUAUAUAACAAUUUUCUAACCUCUAAAUCCCCCACCGAAGAUGACAAAAAAGAUAGCCAAUCCACCUUGAAGCAGAAUAGCGUUAUCUGGCGUUCGACGCUGGGGGUGAAGACGUGAGAAGAUGGAAGGAAGGAAGUGUUCUUUAGAGGCUGC